ACUAAUAAAAUUCAAAUAAUAUAAAAGCAUUUGCUAUAUAAAGGCAUGACAAGCUCAUAAGACACAAUAGUAUCAUUGUGUAUCUACAAUCAAUAACAAUGCAAGGGAUCAUUGCUUUACUGGUAGCAAUUCUAUUCUGCUAUAAUACUGCAGGGGCCUGUUCUUAUGCUGCAGGGGAUAAAGGUAAAACUUGCAAGGAUUAUCAUUUUGGCUACAGCAAUCAAGAUGACUGGAAGAACAAGUGUCCAGAUUGUGGACACAACCUCCAGUCUCCAAUAAAUAUUCUAAGUUCUCUUGCUGCUAAUACCGAUGAGUCUGUGGCACCUCUUAAAAUGUGUGGGUGGUGUGAUGUAAGAAGUGGUACAUUGAAGAACAAUGGGCAUACACUCAAGUUCACUCCCUCUCAGUAUGGCUCAGAUGCUUACCUGAGCUCUCGUAAUCAUAAUAGCUUUAAGUUUCUUCAAUUUCAUUUUCACUGGGGACCAAAGAAUACCAAAGUCGGUUCGGAACACACAGUUGAUGGUGGAGCUUACAAUGGGGAGAUGCAUUUCGUAUUUUCUGGUACGGAUGAAUGUGGCUCUCAGAAGUACACAGUAGUAGGAGUGUUCCUUAAAACUGAUCGUUCUGCAAAAAAUGUACCCGUGAAGUGGCAAAAACUCAAUUGUCAAGUUGCCUACAACAGUGAAGAACAGGUACAGGAUGUUAAGCUUUACGAUUAUCUUCCGGAGAAUAAAGAUUACUACCUUUACGCUGGUUCCCUCACUACUCCUCCCUGCACUGAGGCUGUUCAGUGGAUUGUAAUGAAGAAUCCAAUUGUAGUACCUGAGAUUUUCUUUGAUACACUGAGGAGUCUGAAGAAAGAAGAUGGUAAACCUCUCACACGUAAUCAUCGUGGGACUCAACCUUUGAAUGGAAGGGACCUCUACAGCUGCUACAAAGGUUGCAAUGUUGUUGCAGUGUCAUUGUGUCUUAAUUUACAGUCAAUAAUGGAAGGAGUCACAGUCCUACUGGUAGCACUUCUAUUGUCCUAUGAUACUACAGUGGCUAGUCCUUAUGCUGCAAGGAAUUCUGGAAUAUGCAAAAAUUAUUAUUUCAGCUACAUCAAGCAGUGGGAAUGGAUCAUUAAGUGUCCUGAUUGUGGAGGCCAACUCCAGUCGCCUAUAAAUAUUGAAACACAUCAUAUAAUUUCCAACGUAGAGUCCAUGACUCCUCUCACAAUGGAAUUGUGGAAUGACACUUACGGAAUUUUUCACUUGAAAAAUAAUGGGCAUACUCUUGUGGUAACACCAUAUAAGUACCAGCCUCUUACAUACCUGAACUCUCCUAAUCAUAAAAGGUUUAAGCUCCUUCAAUUUCAUUUUCACUGGGGUGAGAAGUACAGCAGGUUUGGUUCGGAACACACUGUUGAUGGUCGAUCAUACAAUGGAGAGAUACAUUUCGUCUUCUCUGGUAAUGACAAUCGUGGUGUUAAGAAACAUGUAGUACUAGCUGUAUUCCUUAACUCUGAUCGUACUUUAACACAAGUAUCAUUGAAGUGGCGAAGGCUCCAACAUCAAGUUCCCUACAACAAAGAAAUAUUCAUUAUUGGUCUUAACCUUGAUGAUUAUCUUCCUGAGAAUAAAGAUUAUUACCUUUACGCUGGCUCUCUCACUAGUCCCCCUUGCACUGAGAAUGUUCAGUGGAUUGUACUGAAGCAUCCAAUCAAUGUACCUGAGGCUUUCUUAGAUACACUGAGGAGUCUGAAGACAGAAGACAGCCAAUCUCUGAAGAAAAAUUAUCGUUGGACUCAAGCUUUGAAUGGAAGGAACAUCUGGAGCUGUUAUGGUGGAUGCUAAAGAAUAUUAAGAACUGCUAAAUUUCAUUAUUUGUAAUUUGCUACUUAAAUGAUAAUUAAUUUUAAAAAGCAUGCUCUAUUUCUGUAGUUGAGUAGUCUGCAAUAAUAAGCGAAAAAAAAUUAUUUCAAACUGGAAUGUAACCUAAAGCUUGGUUCAUUAUACCCAUGUUGCAACAGGAAGUGCUUCAUGAUGCAAUAAAAAAACAAAAAUAGAACUAGUUUGCCAUUAGUCUUGCGGGGCCAGACUCAAUUUUUAGAUCAGUCUGGUUUCAUGCCUAAUCUCAACUCGUGCUUGUCUGGCAGAGUUCGGUCGACCCAAUGUAAUCACUGUUACCAUGGUUAUAUUAGAAACCACCCAUGCCACAGUAGUCUAGUAUUAUACUGUGUAGUAAACACGGGUUGAUAUCAAGCAAGGCACCAGACUCUAUUGCAAGUAUC